CACUUCCAGCCUUGACACCUUUGCAUCUCCCUGGCCACGUCUCGCGGUGGCGCUUGGAACGCCAUGCUGUCUCUUCGGGCGGUGCUGUGGCUGCUUUUAGGCCAAGCUCAUGUCGCGCAUGCAGACGUGAACUGCUCCCGGAGCAACUGCGCCCACGCGGACUUCCUGUGCGGAGAAUUUCGGGAACCCUGCAAGGCCCUUGGACCGCCCUCUUUUGGGAUCCAGCUUUGGCAAACUGCAGUGUCCUUUUUUGCGCCGAACCGCAGCUACAGGCGCAUUGAGCAAAGCCACUUCGACCAGGCGGCCUGCGAAGCAGGCAACGCCUGGAUCGAGGUGAUCUACGAGGGCUCUUGGCAAGAGCAUGGAGGAUCCCCUCACGUGCUUUCCACUUCAUUAGCUUCCAGGAGAGUCACGAGCACCAUCGUUAGGCUGCUGGAGGAGCAGCCGUGCCUCACACCAGUGAACAUCCUACCACCUGCAAGGUGCUUCGAUGCCGGCGCCGUGCUGGAGGCUGCGUGCCCCUGCAAUGGUCGGAACUGGACCAGCGGGAAUGCGACGAACAUCAGCGUGUUCUGUUCUCCACAGGAGUGCCCCCUCAUCCAUGAGGUGUACUUGACAAAGACGCAGUACUUCUCCUACAAUGCCUCCGAGGCACAGGCAUGCUUCCUCAGCGCCAACAGUGACCAGGGGCUGGGAUGGCAAAGUCCCCAGGACGUGUGCUUGGACCGGCUGGGCUUCCUGAGCUGCCCAGCAAGCCCGCUCACGGUUUCCAAAACCGCGCUUUCCUGGCAUUUUGGCGUGCUCCCUUUGGCUCUCCUCAGCCUGCUCUGAGGGGGGUUUGGGCCCAUUCCGAGAAGGCAGACGAACUUCUCAAGUUAAUGGUGAACCACUGAUCGUGAGUGGCAGCAGCACCAGAUAUAGGACCAGAUGCCGCAGGCAGAUCAUAUUGUAUCAUUCUGAUUCGAAAUAUACCAAUCAAAUCUGGCACUCGGAC